AGAUUUGGGAAUGCCGUACAAAUAAAGUGCCAGCACUAGUUGGAGAAGAUAAAACCUGUGUGCUGGGAGCGAGGGAACACAAAGACGUAAGGACAGAAUUGUCAAUCCAAAAGCAAAGGACGUGGGAGCGGGCUGGAUAUCAGUAGGUCGACGAUGGGCUAGUUGUAGGAUCAUCACAGCGUCAGGCCAUGUGGGCGGCCGAUCCCGUCAGUCUUGUCGCAAUGCAAGUUGCAAAUGCAGAUGCAGCGUAUCGGCUGGCUCGUCAGGCGAAUGGAGGCGCGCAGCUGGGGGCAAGGGUGGGUCGGCACGACAAUGGGCUCUGCGACGGUACGGGUUGCAGUCUAGGACAGGCGUCUGAGAUGCAGCCAUGUUGCGAGGUUGGUUGUGCUGCGCCUUGGCGGCGUCUCGAGUUUGUCGCGUCGAGCCAGUCAGCGUCUCGGAAUCCCCUUGCUGGAAAUUCGCGAAGAUGUUCCAGCCGCCCCGUCACCUGACCAUCAGCAUUUUCAAUAUUGUUGAACGAGCGACGUGGAUGCAUGAGAGGCGGCGCUUA